ACCACUGAAAAUACCAACCUUUAGUAAAAGUGUCAUUUAUAUUACGUAAAUUCAAUAAAUACAAAAAUAUUCCAACCUAUUAGAUGUUUGCGUCAUUUGUGUUACGUGAAUUUCUGUUGACCGUUAGAACUAACGGUUGACCUAACGGCGGUCAACCUUUGACUGACCACUGAUGAAGUGGCGCCUAUGUGUGGUCCACAUAUGCAACACGUAGAUGCCACGUGGGAAAUUAGAUUUAACAUUUAAAAUAAAAAAUAUAAUUAAUUAAUUUUUUUAAUAAAUUUAUUUUUAUUAUAUUUUCUCACCUGUUCCCCUCUCUAAUCUCCAUCACUCGUUCGUUGAUUAGAAUGCCCAACGCAAUUUGGGGAUUAGGGUUUGGGGGUGGAGAUUGUGAGAUCCAGUUCGCCCUCCAAUCUUCCCACCCCCGCCACCACCACUACUUCUUCCUUCCACCCCUUCUCGGCGAUGCUCCGGCUCCUUCGCCGGUCCAGGUGGCUGCUCCAGCUCCGUCGCCAGCUGCUCCCCUCAUUCCGCCUCCAGAUCGACCACUUGUUCCGCCGGAUCGACCGCUACUUCCGCCACGAGCGCCUUUUUUCCACCACCGACGCCCUUCACCGCCGGCUCCUCCUCCGAAUUCACCGCCAUCGUAUCCUCCGCCGCCUCAGCCGCUCGGUCCGCGAUCUCCGGACUCUCCUCCGCCUCACCCGCAUCCGUCCCCACCGUCGCCUCCCGCCGCCGCUCCUCCAGUCCCGCAGCCUUCCCCUCCACCUCUGUUCCCUAAACACCCUCAUCAUUUUCCUGCGCUACCACCCCAUGUGAUCCCAUCUCCUCCUCCGCCUCCAUCCUCCGCCGCUCUACCUCCAAUUCCCAUCUACGAUGUUCCUCCGCCGAGCUAUCCACCGCCGAUCAUUACCCCGGCGACGCCAGCAGAGCCUUACAAUCCUCCCCCUUUUCACCACCACCAUCACCAUCUUUUCCCGAUCUUCACGCAGUCGCCUCCUGAAAGAAGUAGCAGAAUCCCCCCUCAUGCUUGACCUCGGAAUCAGCUCGAUCGCCUCCAACUCCCCCUCCACUCCACUUGAUUGAUUCCACCCACCUCGUCGAUUUUGAGAAAUUCUUUUUCUAGGGUUCUUCCUCUAUUCGUAAUCGAGAGUGACGAAGAGGAAAAGAUGAGAACAAAAUGAAUGUGUUACUGCCUACUGGGGCCUCCUCGUUUUUGCAUAUAUAUAUUUUUGUUUUUUAUAUUUUAAUUGGGUAAAUAUUAAAUAAACAAAUACUUAAAUGUCCACGUCAGCGAACCAUGUAGGAUCCUAUUUGGUGAUGACUGGACGUUGAAAAGUCUCACAGUUAAAUUUAACGGCCCAACUAACGGAAUAGACAUUUUGGUAUACAAAUGUCAUAUCGAUAAUUACGUAAUAUAAAUGGCACUUUCGC